AGGAGCUUUGAAUUACUUGUCUAAAUAAAGCCAAAACCUCCUAAAUUCCAUUGGUUUUUUCUGGGACAAGAUCACCCACAAUGGAAAGAAUUUCCCGGGUAAUCCCGCGCUCAAAAUUAAGCAUGUUUGUGGUCAAAAUUUUAAAGUUAAUGGGUUUCGCCGGAAUCGUAUUAUUCAUCAAUGGAUUGGGCGAGAGGGACGUUGCUCCUGCAUUGGUCGACUGCCAGCGGGAGGAACCAGAUUGCGCUCCCGAGGAGGUGGCAAAGGAUGGCAGCAAGAACAUCCUCUUCGAUGAGGAUGACAAACGUGAUCUACAGCGCAGGACGGACGACUUUAAGCGAAAGUAUUGCACCAAAGGCGGCAUCUGUGAGCCUCCACCACCGAAACCAUUUUGGCAGAGCAUCGAGGACGCCUGGAGCGAUACGGUGCGGACUCUCAAGAUCCCCGCCUUCUGGAGCGGUGUAGCGAGCGACUUGGGUAACAGCAUAUGUCGGUUGUUUAAAGGAGAUGAUAAGUGGCCCACCCGUGACAAUAAGUAUACAGAAAUCAAGCAGAAACAAGCAAAAGUAUACCAAAAUUAUCAUUAUCAUGGCCUCUCAAAUAAUAACUGGGGUGCGUGGACUGUUCACCGCCGCCAAAGGACUGUUCCACGUCGUACAUGCCAUGGACCAGGGAUCAUUCGAUGCAGAGGCCCUCCCGCCGUCCCCGGAGGCCGAGGGGAAGUUUGUGGCCCACUACAAGUGCAACUUGGCCAUUCAGCGGGGAAUGUACUUCGCUCUCCGUAUGCCCGACUGGGCCUCCGAGUUUAAGAAGCAAACCCACGACAUUCUGGCCACAACACUGCAACAUAACGUGGUCCUGCCAAAGAAGAAGCCGAACAACGCUUCGGGCUCCCAGAAAAAGCUGCGGGGAUGCUUCUAUGAGGAGCAACUGCAUUCCACCCCCGAGGAGAGCAAGCCAAUCCGAUCGCCCAAGAUCAAAGACAUCACAUGCGGCAAACGUGUGCCCGUCUAGAUUCCCGACCUUUAAACUUCAUCUAUAUCCAAAUUCUCAAUUAAAUAGCAAUUCCGAACAUUUUUGGCACAGGAUGAUAAUCGACUUGAUUGUGCGGGCAGGCGUGGUUUAUGCUGUGGUUGUGGCCACCAAACACUUCGGUGCAUGGGGCCCGUCGGUUGAAACGGUUGAAACACCGGUUGAAACACCGACGGCAGCUGGAGGUUCUCUGGUGUACACUACUACAACCAGGUGGUGAUUGCCUUCUUCGAAGUUAUCAGCGCCGUGCCCUCGUUUCUGCAGCAUUGGCUGGAGCAGGUGCCUGGGAUGGUGACAGCGACUUCAUGUCCAAGCGAUCGAAGAACGAAGUUACAACCAAGAAACAUAUCGACGAGAGGCCACUGGUGCAGCCGAUUAAACCCGGCGCCGAAUCGAAGUGCAAGUGUGGCCAGCCAACGGACCCGGGUCUGGUGCCCAACGACGGGACACAAUCAUCGUUCUGCAAUGACAAGGAAUGUCCCAAGACAAAGGUUCCGUGCAAGGAGCGAUUCAAGGAUGACUUCAUCUACAAGCCGCGAAUGCCAAAGAAGCCGCAGUGCGACUGCCCCAAGUGCAGGAAACGACAGGAAGAGGGCUGGGCAGACAAGAAGCCCAAUUGCCCGGCAGUCCCGUCAGCCGAAAGCCCCCCCAAUCCCAAUUAGCAUUGCGAUCCAAAGCCCAAGAAAGAGUGCGCAAUCUGCUUUGCACCGCACUCUUUCGAUACCGACUAGCAAUAUAUUCCACUGGGCAUUUACAAACCUUUUAUCAGACUCACGACCGUGGGAUGCUUCUCGAGGCGCACUUCCUGUCCGUUCACCUGAAAGUGGAGACCA